CACCCCCACCAACACGAAUCAUGAGCAAUCAAAGGCAAAAGCUGUGCGCGACGCGAUGCCCGCUUCCGCCUGCGACGGAGGAGCGCGUCCAUCUUCUUCCUUGCCGCGUGAAGCACGACGGCAAAGCUCCCAUUUCGUCGUACUUUGUCGUGGACGAGACCUCCAACAUGGCGCGAUUCCGAGGCGUCCAACUGCAAGGCAAUGCCGUCGACUUACAUGCGUUGGGGUACUCUGGUCUCCUUGUGAUCGACGAAGGACUCCGGGAUGAAUCUAACGCGAGCCACGCGUUUGGUGAGCCCGACGACACGUCGGCGUCGACGAUUUGGGAAUUGGAUGGGCACUUCGCCACCAUCGUCGACUGGCAAACCAAGGACAACCAGUCGCAUGAACCUCUCAGCUCCCGGCUCGAAUCCUGGUCGAGAUAUGCUGCUGCGAUCCAUGACGAAUAGCGACGCACAUAGUUCGCAACAACGACACAUUUAUCAUUUGGAUAUAUUAUCACCGGCGAUACAUUUGCUGCUGUUUCA